AGGAAAAUGAAAUGUACUUUAAUACACCUAAAUUUAACAACCUAUUCGUUUUUAUUUUUAGUGAUUGCGAAACUGUCAAACUUGUCUCGAAUUAAUAUGAUCUAAUUUUUAAUUUUAUUUAUUUUCUUAGUUAAAACAUUUUUUCUUCAUUUCUUGUAUUCAAGACCAUAUAUACAGACUUUGUCUCCACUCUUUAUGUGAUAUAUCAGCCUGUAUAAUAUUUGUUUAUUUAUAAAACAUGGAAGAUAUAUUUCAGUGGUGUCGAGAAGGAAAUGCCUUGCAAGUGAGAGUUUGGCUGGAUGAUACCGAACAUGAUAUGAAUCUGGGUGAUGACCAUGGCUUCAGCCCGCUCCACUGGGCAUGCAAGGAGGGACAUCUGAAAAUAGUCGAGAUGCUGAUUAGACGCGGUGCUCGCAUCAAUGUCACCAACAUGGGUGAUGAUACACCGUUGCACCUGGCUGCAGCACAUGGUCAUCGACCUAUUGUACAACUGUUGUUACAAAAUCGAGUGGAUGUGAACUUCACAAACGAGCAUGGCAACUCUCCACUGCACUAUGCUUGCUUCUGGGGUUAUAGCGCAAUCGCUGAGGACCUCCUGAUGGCCGGCGCUCUGGUCUCGAUGGCCAAUAAGGAUGGUGACACGCCCCUUGACAAAACUAGGGGCCAACUUGUGCAGAGAUUGCACGAAAUGGCAGUGCAGCAGGGGCAGGAACUUAAAAAGAUUCAGUUCAAGGACCAAUCCUGGCUGGGCCUCAAGACAAGGAGCAGGGACGCGACUCUCUCCCGACACAAGGGCAUCAACAUCAACGAGCUUGCAUUGCAUACACAAAUUGCUACUACACCUUCAGGCGAGACAUGGCGUGGCAAAUGGCAGCGCAACGACAUCGUGGCAAAAAUUCUCGCGGUCAGGGAGUGCACCCCUCGGAUACAGCGUGACUUCAAUGAGGAGUUCCCCAAGCUCAGGAUAUUCUCACACCCCAACAUAUUGCCUGUUGUGGGAUGCUGCGUGUCCCCGCCGACACUGGUGGUGAUCUCGCAGUACAUGCCGUGGGGCUCGCUGUACGAGCUGCUGCACGGCGGCGGCGCCGGCCGCGUGGUGGUCGACGCUGCUGCCGCCAUCCGGCUGGCCGUACACGUCGCCUCCGGCAUGUCCUACCUGCACUCGCUGCAGCGCGACAAGAUCCUGCCAACUUACCACCUCAAUAGCAAGCAUAUUAUGAUCGACGACGAUAUGACGGCGCGAAUCAACAUGGCGGAUGCGAAGUUCUCAUUCCAAGAGAAGGGUCGCAUUUACCAGCCGGCGUGGAUGGCACCCGAGGCGCUGCUCAAGCCGGCCGCCAAGAGGAACUGGGAGGCGGCCGACAUGUGGAGCUUUGCCAUACUCCUCUGGGAGUUGGCUACUCGGGAGAUACCAUUCGCCGAUCUAUCACCAAUGGAAUGCGGCAUGAAGGUAGCCCUCGAAGGUCUGCGCAUAACGAUACCGCCGGGAGUGUCGCCGCACAUCUCCAAGCUGAUAAAAAUCUGCAUGAACGAAGACCCCGGGAAACGGCCGUCGUUCGAAAUGAUACUACCCAUCUUGGAGAAAAUGACGCGCUGAUUUUGUACCGUCGAGAGAAAAGUGGGUGCUGUUUGAUUGUGUAUACCAGUGGUUCUCAAAUGUGGACUGGCCUAUGGACUAGUAAAAUAUCUGUCUAUGAAAGAAUUUAGU